CAUCAACAACAGACAGACAUACAUGCCCCAUAAAGUGAAUGAGUAGACAUUCUGUAAAGGAAGCUGCUUUUAAGCGUAAAAAAAAUUGUAAACAUAAAAAUGCUGUGCUCAAAAAUUAAUUUACUUUCAAAUUUAGCAACAACUCGGUUUGUUCCUGUCGCUUUUUUGAAAAAUUUUCCAUCUCCUCCAAAAUAUGACCAUGUCGAAUUCGUUGAAAGACCUAAACUACGUUUUUUUGAAAAGGUGCCGCAGUACGUAGCGAACUUAAAGCCACCAAAAAUGCAAAAAAGAUUAAGAUAUAUGAGAGGUCCAGAAGAGGUUCACAAUUUUCUUUUGCACGAGCAAUAUGGAAUUCAAGCUAUUGGUGGUGGACGUAUGCGAUGGGGUCAUUUUGAGAUGCUUCGACUUAGCAUUGGUCGCAAAAUGGAUACAAAUAAAAUGUUUGCAAUAUGGAGAAUAGAUGCUCCUUGGCAGCCAGUAACGAGAAGAGGACAAGGUCAGCGUUUGGGUGGUGGAAAAGGAGCAAUCGAUCAUUAUGCAACUCCUAUUAAAAAAGGAAGAAUAAUUGUUGAGCUGGGCGGAAAAUGUGAAUUCGAAGAAGUAGAAGAAUUUCUUCAAAAAUAUGCCAAUCAACUACCGUUUCCAGCUAGAGCAGUUUCCCAUGAAAUGCUUCAAAAUGAAAAGAAUCAAAUCGAUGAACUUGAAAGAGCAAACAUCAAUCCUUACACUUUAAAAUAUGUUAUUCAGAAUAAUUUGGGAGGGUGCCAUAAAUGGCUUAGACCAAUUGAUCAUAAACAGUUUGGAAAAUUUGAGUAAUUUAACUCAGAAGCUCAGAAAUAAAUUUAAUAGUCAUAAAAAAUUCUA